UAAAAGGUGCUGUGAUAUCAGGGCUUCAAAUGUGCCCCAUAGUCCCAUGCUGCAUUCUUCUCAAACAUAAUUUGUACUUGUACAAAGUGGAUAGUUUUUGUAAAAGAAGAAUUAAUUUUACUAUGAAUAUUAGUCUAGAUGAGCAGCGUAAUUGGACAGCAGGUGAAGUCGGAUGGUCGCUGGGAUAUGUUAGCGACGAAGUGAGCCUCAUCUUUCAAGCCAUCAACUUUGCUGUGGUGUGUCAGGCAAUGGACAUUUUUGGCACAGUGACCAACAUUAUAAACAUUGUCGUCUUUUGGAAGCAAGGAUUUAAAGACUCUGUCAAUGUUAGUCUGUUUGCACUUGCGGUGUCGGAUGUUGGAAUGCUGGGAACGCUCAUCUGGCAUAAUCUUUGUUUUAACCCGUUGUUCCACAACCUUGACCUUCCCUUUGACUCAGUGGAAAUGCAGUAUCUGACUGGCGGUUGGCCGCACGUGGUGUUCACGCGAAUUACCAGCUGGAUCACGGCUUUUAUCACCCUGGAGAGAUGCCUCUGCAUUGCAUUACCGUUAAAGAUUAAAAGUCUUCUCACAGCAAAGAGAGUCAAAGUUAUAAUGGUGUCCAUCUUUCUUAUUCUUAUCGCAAGCGUCACUCCGGUCUACUGUGUCAACUCGUAUGGCUGGAAAUAUUUUCCUUCCCGGAACAAAACUCUGAUAGGCCUCGUCUAUACCCCUGACCGCGAGUCAGUAGAGAAAGUGUCCUUCACCUUUAACAACAUUAUCAUCCCAUUCUCCGCCUUCCUGACCAUCGUCUGCUGUACCUUGGUGCUGGUCGCCAAACUGAGGAGUAAGGCGAAGUGGAGGAGGAAGUCCACCAGCGCUGGACAGACAGACCAGAUGACUAGCCGAGACCAGAAGGUCACCAAAAUGGUGGUGAUGAUUUCCACUCUCUUCAUCGUCUGCUUCACCCCAAUUUGCGUCGUGUUUAUUGGGAUGACCGCUGAGCCGGACUUGUCCAUCAAUGGGAAGUAUCACAAUAUGUUCUUUGUGGUUUUCUCUUUCGGCUACAUCCUUGAAAGCACCAACUCCGCCAUGAACAUAUUCAUCUACUACAAAAUGAGUUCUCGUUACCGCCAAGUCUUCAGAGAAGUGUUCCUCAGACAAUCGCCUUCGAAAAACUCUCAAAAUUUUAGCAACACUUUUUAAAAGCUUGCAAAGAACAGAGAAAAACAUUCCCUGGCCUCAAGCUUCGCAUCAUUGUUGUUUUUAUAUAAGACAUUCUUGCCCAUAUUAUAUGUUACCCACUUUAUUUUAUUUGCUCAGAGUAUUUAUUCAUUCAUUAUGAAUGUCUGGUCUAAAAAAAGAUUAAAUAUUUUAUUUUUUAAAUUAAUAUCUACAUACUUUAUUAAGCUAAUACAACAAAAGGAAAUUAUUUGAAUGCUGCCAAAAAAUGUACAAACACAAACUUGGUAGAUAGUACUGGGAGCGAUUAAUCUGAACAUUGGAUAUACUGUAUUUGUACCGUGCUCUUGACUUUCAAAGCUUGUUAAAAAAGAAGGAGGCAUAUAGAUUAAUUUUUCGUCAAAGCAAUGAGGCAACACUAGUAAAAGUUUGAGAAACACUAUGUUCCAGCUACCGGACAAGAGCUUUAAACUUUGCUUUUUUUUAAGAAUAUUAAAAGAACACUAAGACAGUCCUGAAUUCAUAAACACUGCUAUUUUCGGUUUACAAAUAAUUAAUAUGUUUAAUGCUAUAACAGCGCAUUGAGCCUACAUUUUGUUUGUUAAUAGUUCUCUAUACAUUACAUUUUUAUUAUAACUGUCAUUGAUCUUCAUCCUAAACAAGAAAACCGCACAUAUCCUUCCCAUAAAUCAAACCGCAGUAUAUCAGCCUUCUCACUAGUUUGUA